AUGAAGAUUGCAACUCUCCAAUUAGCCCCUCAAUUAGGGGACAUCCAAGGCAACAUUGAGAGGGCAGAUCGCUUGUUGAAAUCUAGCAAGAUGACGACGCCUGACAUGUUAGUACUUCCGGAAAUGGCCUUGACCGGCUAUAACUUUCCAUCCCUCGACGCAGUGAAACCAUAUCUUGAGCCAGCUGGCGAUGGUCCAUCUGCUUCGUGGGCGCGUGAAACAGCCAAGCGCCUACAGUGCAAGGUUUGCGUGGGAUAUCCUGAAAUUGAAAAAGACCCUCAAAAUCCCGACCAACUCACGUACUAUAAUUCCCUUCUUGUAGUUGACGAGAAGGGUGAGGUCAUCCACAACUAUCGCAAAAGCUUCCUGUAUUACACCGACGAGACAUGGGCGGCUGAAGGUCAAGUGGAGCGAGGGUUCAAAGAAAUCCCUAUUCAGGAACAGCAGAUCGCGACGUCAUUUGGGAUCUGUAUGGACAUCAAUCCCUACAAGUUCGAAGCACCUUUUGAUAAAUGGGAAUUUGCGACUCGGGUGCUUGACUCAAAGUCUCAGCUUGUGAUUCUGUCCAUGGCAUGGCUCACAUUGCUGAGCCGCGAAGAGCUUGAUGCCCUGAAGGGUAAGCCAGAGAUGGACACCUUCAACUAUUGGUUACAGCGAUUUUGGCCUCUGCUGCAAACCAAGAUGAAUCACGAACUCGACAUUGAUGGAAAGACGGUCUCUCCGAAGAAGAUCGUCAUCGUCUUUGCUAACCGUGCGGGCGAGGAGCCCCCAGCAGAUGAGACUAAGUCACCGGCUCGGUACGCGGGGACAAGCACUAUUAUCGCAGUGACACAAAAGCCCACCGCAGAAGCUGAGUCGGAUACUGGGUCCAGCGAUGACGCGGAGCUUCCAUUCGACGUAAAGAUCCUGUGCUGGGAUCUUUUGGGUGCGGGAGAAGAAGGUGUUUGUUUCGCAGACACCACGGCAGACCCGAAAAUGGUGUUUGGACUUAAGAAAUCUGGAUAA